AUGUCGUCCUCGGGGCAAGUGACGUGGUGGGGUGAUGGUCAUUGGGCUGUCAAAGAUUCCGACAGUGACAGUGUCGAUAGCAACGUUCACGUCGGCGAAAUUGGACAUAUCUGCGAAGUCAGAGAUGCCUUUGCCGAAUUCAACAAAUCUGGCGACUUGGUCAAAUGGCUCGACGAGAUCCCCGACAAGAGCACUGACCUCGACGAAGAAGAGCUAAUCCGUAAAGCCAAACGGAUUCGCGAUACUUAUGCUAUCGUCUGUGGUCGCUACCCAACCAAGGAAAAUACCUGGGAGGUUCGAGCCAUCUGGGUCAACAACCCCAUUCUACAGGAUAUUCUACGAAAUAUUUCCGUAGAUCCCGAUUGGAGCUCCAGCGCUAAAAGUAUCAAGUUUGAGAGGCCGUUUGCCUCUUUGGUUCAUCACUGGGAUCAAUUGUGCGAGUUAGCAGUCGCCGAUGCUGGUUCCGAGACCCAGAGAUUCAUGAAAUUAUUCGUGAAUCUACUCAGGGGUCAACUGCGAGAUACUCUCAUCCGAGUCAAGAAGAUCAUGAAGACUGGAUGUGCUGCUUUCUAUGACCUUCAAUUUGUUUUCAAGCCUGGUCAGCUCUUCUUUGACUCCUGCCCUCACAUGGGCGCAGGCGUUUGCCAGUCUUACGAGCAUGGUGAGGUUACAGUCGAUCAAGUUCUUCUCAGGCAUUCGGCCAUCUCUGAACUCAGCGUCCGACCAGCAUGGGCCUGUUCAGAAGAUGACAUCAAGAGCAUGAAGGCUGCUCUCGUCGAACGUGGCCGCAAGUAUGAAGCACUACGAGGUAUUCAUUUCCGCUUUUAUCCCGGUAUUAUCGGAAAAGAGCACACUCAUUGUGAAGCUGUGGUGUCUGAAUGGGACGAUGUCAGAAUUCCAAGCCUCCCUAAUCGAGCGAUCGCAGGACGGGUGAUCGUCGAUGCGGGGAUUCAAGAUAAGGAUGAGGCUAAAUUUUCCUACCCUCUGUCCAGUCUUCCAAUCGACAGUGCAAUGUACAGGAGCGGACAAUAUUCUAAGGACUCUACUUCUAGUGGCCACCAAGAGUCACACGAAUUGAGUGAUUGGGAGGACGAAGAAGUCGAGGAUCCCAAUCGCCUCACGGAUGAGCAGGCUAUGAUGACUGUUUCAACCGUGAAAUGUUUCUCGAUCGAGAACAAGGCGUGGUGUACGGCCCAGGUGGACGAUCUCAAAGACAUUGAGUGGAACACUCAGGCCUUUGACAAUCUCGUCAUCGAUGAAGCAGAGAAGAGACUCCUGGUCGGCUUUGUAGGAGCAGCAACAAACGGAAAGUUGCAGGAUUUCGACGACUUUGUCGAUGGAAAGGGAAAGGGUCUUGUCAUGCUCUUGUGUGGUCCCCCGGGUACGGGAAAGACACUCACUGCAGAAUCUGUCUCCGAAAAUCUCAAGCGCCCUCUAUACCGCGUUGAUACUUCGGACCUUGGGAUGGAUCCCAAGACCCUGGAGAAGAAUCUCAAGACUGCUCUUGAUCGCUGCGCCCGCUGGGAUGCCAUCCUCUUACUUGAUGAAGCAGAUGUGUUCCUUGAAAAGCGCACCAGCAGCAAUCUUACACAGAACGAGAUGACUACCAUCUUCCAGGAUCUUGAGCCAGCCUCCCGAGCCAAGGUCUGGUACAACUUUCUUAUCAGAGAGGACAAGGCGUUGGCUGGAGACAGAGAUGCGAUUGCGAAGCUGGCCAGCAUGCCUCUGAAUGGCAGACAGAUCAAGAGCGCCGUCAAGACUGCUCGAAUCCUGGCUGCCAGCGAGAACUUGCCUCUUGCAGUUGAUAAUUUGCAGACGGUUGUUUUCAUGCGAAUGAAAGCAUUGAAGAUGCUGGAGUAG